UUAAAAAUUAAUUUCCCGUGAACAUGUAAACAACAGAAAACCACAUUGGUUACGAUACAUGAAUAAUUUGUAGUCAAUGAUACAAAAAGAAUAUGACUGCUGUAACCACACAGCCAAGGGAUGAAAAACAACUUCCUCCAAUUACAGAACUACCUCCUGGACUAAAGGAGCUACAGAAUAUUACAGAGAUCAAAAUACAUCAGCAUCUUGAUUCAACAGAAGUAUUCUGUUGUUGGCAGAGACCAGCCAGAUACAGUCUUUAUGAUGGAACAAAGGAAGAAGACCAUUUUUUAUAUGCACAAGAAGUUUCAGAAUGCUAUGCAAGACAGUGUCUUGGUGCAAAUAGAGGCUUUGUAAUGAAACUAAGUAAUGCAGAUCAACAGGAAGUACUUCGACUUCAGCGCCCUCUACGAUGUCCAUGUGGUAUUUGUUGGUGGUGGUGUUGUUGUAUACAGGAAUUAAAUAUAGAAAGUCCUCCAGGGACACAUAUAGCAACAAUAAGUGAAGAUCGAAGUUUUUGUUGCUGUCCAGGGUAUUAUAUAACUAGUGAUGAUGACAGAAUCUUAUUCAGGAUUAGUUUCAGCUGUUUUUUAUGCAAACUGUGUGCUAGUGUAUCCAUACAGAUAACAGAGAGAGGUGAACCAGUAGCAGAGAUUACAAAGAACUGUUCAGGAAACUGUAAAGAUUUCUGUGGUACUGAAAAUGAAUACACAAUUAAAUUUCUCAAAGAUCUGCACGUACAGGAUAAGAUUAUAAUUUUAGGCAGUAGUUUCCUGAUAGACUAUAAUUUCUUUGAGAGACAACAAAGAACUUGUUGCUGAUCAUAUAAAGUUACUCAGCAUUUAUAGAAAAGAGCCAAGAUCUGACAUUAAAGAUUCAUUUGGUUGUCAAACAGCUGGUUCAUUAUAUGCAAUAAUUUAUUUUUAAAACAGAAACAUUUUGUAAACUUAAUAAUUUUUGUAAAAUUCUUUUAACAUAUGAUGAUGUUACAUUGUUCUGACAUCUGACCGAUUCAAUGUGCUGACUUUUCCAUAUAAGAUUAGUCACUGUGAAAUAUUAAACAGUCACUCUUUUGUAGAAAAGUAAGACUGGUUGGAUCUGAGUCUCUUGAUUAAAAUGUUUGAAUGUAGAAAAAUCCACCUGAAACAUUUCAUCUGGACAGAUUGUUUCUAUAAAGAAUAUCAAGUAGAAAUAGCCUACAUUCAAAUAUAGAUUUUAGAGGAUUAAUAAUUGUUAAUGAAUACAACUUUGAGGGCAGUUAUUAAAGGUCUAUACAACUUUAUCUGGAUCAACAUUUUACACAUUGGUAAUUACAAUUCCUAGAUAAGACAACAAUAAGUGGUGAUUAUAAAUAAUGUUUAAUGUCCAAAUAAAAAACAACAUUCAUGACUGCAAAUGCACUCUAUGACAACCUUAUAAACAAUGCUUAGUGAUAUCUAUAUAUAAAAUAAAAUGAACAAAGUGCUUUAUUUAACAGAAAAUUCCUUGGUUUAAGCAAAAAAAUGGAAUAAUACUAAUUCAAUUUGAUUAUUUUUUUCCCGUGUAGUUUAUAAAUUAUAGAUUGACCAUGUACACAUUUUCAGCUUCAUACCAAAUAUGCUUCAGUCAAUUAAUAUAUAUUAACCCAAUAAAACUACAUAAAAGAAGCAUUUAAUUCAUAACUAACUUUGUGUUACUGCUCAGAUUUAUAACAUUUCCAAAUUAUAAAGGUGAAAACAUUUGGUUAAAUUCAGUAAUUAAAAGAGAGGUGAAAGAUACCAAAGGGACAUUCAAACUCACAAGUCAAAAACAAAUGACAAUGUCAUUGCUAAAAAAGAAAAAGAAAAACAGACAAACAACAGUACACAAAACACAACAUAGAAAACUAAAGACUGAGGAACACGAACCCUACCCAAUACUGGGGGUGAUCUCAUGUGCUUCUGAAGGGUAAGCAGAUCCUGCUCCACAUGUGGCACCCGUCGUGUUGCUCAUGUAAGCACAAACCUGGUGAUAAGUCUAAUUCAGUAGGUCACAUUCGGAGGGAAAUGUGGCCAGGAUUGUAGUUACGACAAUUGGAACAUAUCUGUUGUCAUCGGUGAAACAGAUAUUCAAUAACUGUCAACCAACUCAUGAUGGCGGCCGUAAAAUUUAUGAAGGGAUGAUUUCAACUUCACCACUUGGAACUCAUGGUUUAAAAUCUUCUUUGUGAGUAGCAACCCUCUAUCAAGGAAAUCUUGAUAGGAAAUACAAGCCCUGGAAUAACGAAUCAACUGAGAGAUAUAUACUCCAUAUGCAGGCGCUGCUGGAAUGUUGCUACAUAGAAAUGGAAAGUUCACAAUUGGGAAACUGAAAUCAUCUCUUUUGUCGUUAAGUUUUGUUUUCAACCGACCUCUGUAAUUAAGAUCAUUAAGGCGUUCAAUUAUAUUGUGCAAUCAUCACAAAUGUUUAUAAAGGAUCUCCAUAUGGAAAUCUGUUCUAUAAACUUUUAUUUUUGUCAACUGUUAUUGUCCAAUUUUAAAAGAUGCAUUUAAAUGUUGUCUUUCAUCGAGCUAUCAAUAAACAUAUGUACAUGGUUUCAUUGAGUUGUUCAAAUACUGUAUGUCUGUAUCAAUCAGUAACUGAUUUGGAACGUAAAUUUUUAAAACAUUGCUAUUCAAAGUUAAUUUGUAGAUUUUCAUCCCCUCCUGUCCAAAAUAUUCAAUCAAUGUGCCAAUUUUGUCUAAAAAAUAUUUAAGUUCUUUGUAGAUAGAAUUCUCCUGUUAUCUGAAUUCUCCAUACCUCACAACUAAGAAAUCAACAGUAAACUUUUUGUUUUUAGUAGAUAUUCAGAGAAUUGUUCUUGAAUAAAAAAGAAUUGAGUCUCCUUUUAUUUGAAUUAAUCCUGAGGAGCUUUAAGUAGUUCCUGGAAAAAUUAAAAUAGAGCCCCUUCACCCAUCCCAUUUUCCUAUUAACUGGUGAAUGCAGGUUUGUGUGGCUUUAAAGUUAAAUAAGAUUGUUUCUAUAAAUUGCUAUCUGUAUAGUUAAUAAAAAUAGUUGUCAACAGCACCUGUACCUGUACUAUAGCCCAUGGUCAAGGCACCAAGUUAGAACAAAACAGCUAUUGGUGGAGCACAACAACCUUAUUGAUAUUAAAAAUUAAUGUUUAUGGUAGAUCUUUGAUACUUGUAAAAAUUUAGUCACAACUUUUUAUUUUUUAAAGUUUAGAGCUUCACAUAUUGUAUAUUCCUGUCAAUUGUUGAUGACUAUGUUGCCCUUUAAAUGUAUUUGGUUAUUUGUAUUGCUCAGUUGCUGUCUCAUUGACUAUAUCCCACAUCUAUUAUUCAUUUAUGAAGUAAUUUUUUUAUGAAUAAUAUGUUCUAGUGAUAUUUUGUAAGAAAGCAUUGUUCAUUAUGGCUCAUCUGUUAAAUUUCUUUAUCAGGGGAUACUUAAAUGUAACUCCCUGUAAACAAGAGGUUUAUAGAAUAACCUAAAUGUGCUAUCUAGUUUAUAUUCAAGAUGUAAUGAUGUAAUGAAUAACUUUUUGCUAUAUUUUUUUUUGCUUGGUUUAGCAAUAUCAUAUUAACAGAUUUUAUACUAAUCCUUAUAUUCUGUGAUAUACAUUUUUUAUAUGGCAUUAAAGUUUUACUUCUUUUUAUUAUAUAUAUUAAUUUUGUUAUUGUAUUUUACAGUAAAAGAUCUGUACAAUUAAA